CCGCUGCCCGCCGCGCGGGACGCGUCCUCGGCGCAGGCGGCGGGCGAGCUGCGCGCGCGGGUGGCCUUCGCGUCGGGAGGACUGCGCGCGGUGGACGCGAGCGUGCAGCUGGGAGGAGGCGAAGGGGGCGUGGCCGUGGGCGGUGUGCCGGUGCCGUCGCUGGUUCGGCCGCUGCUGGUGGUGCACCCGCGCUACAACGCAGCGCGGCGCCUCGCGCGCAAGGUCUUCGUGGCGGAGAACACGCCGACGUGCGUGGUGGAGGUGGACGCCGUUAACUCCUUCGACAACAACACCUACCCUCUGCACGUGGGCGGAUGCUGGCGGGUGGCGCUGCGAACGGUGGCGCCCACGAGUCCGCAAGAUCCCCAGGCCCCCGAAGGCCCCGACGGGCCCGACGGCCCCCACCUCACCGUCCUUGUGCGGGAGCCACGUGCCGGGCACAGGGAGGUGCAGUUGGUGCUGGACGACCGCACCAUCCUGGUGCGCUCGUCCCCGUCGGGGCCCAACGCCAGCGCAGGCGACCAGGCGCCGGCCGAGCUGCUGGUGAACGGCCACCCGCUGCCGCUGCCG